AUGGUCGAGCCGAUUCUGUCCCAGGGCUAUGGUUAUGGCUUUGCCCUUGGUGUCGGGUCCGGGUUUGCAAUUCUAAUGGUAUCCAUCUCUUUUCUCAUUUCAAAAUACAUGGGACAACCCCAGAACUCGGAACGGUUUUCCACGGCUUCCAGAAACGUUGGUUCUGGACUGAUCGCUUCUUCAACAGUGUCGGCAUGGACAUGGCCUGCUACGCUGUUGUUAUCUGGAACCUGGUCCUACAUUUAUGGUAUUAGCGGUGCAUGGCUGUAUGCAGUAGGAGGCACAGUUCAAAUAACGCUGUUUGCGUUUCUGGCACUUCAGAUUAAACGUCGUGCACCAACAGCGCACACGGUCUCCGAAACUAUCCAUGUUCGGUUUGGCAAAGCGGGACAUCUGCUGUAUCUCUGCUAUUGCGCGGCAACCAACGUCAUGGUCUCAUCGUUGCUUUUGCUAGGUGGCUCCCAGGCCUUUGCAGCGGCCACUGGUAUGCACACUGUGGCCGCCAGUUUUCUGAUUCCGUUCACUGUGGUCAUUUAUACCGCUCUGGGAGGCCUAAAAGCGACUUUCAUCUCCGAUUGGGUGCACACCGUGAUCGUGUACAUUAUUCUGAUUGUGAUAGCGUACACGGUCUUCUGCACUUCUCCAUUGAUCGGGUCUCCCGGCAAAAUGUGGGACCUUUUGAAAGCGGUACAGCAAGUGUUUCCAAAACAGUCAGGAACAAGUUAUCUAUCCUUCAAAGACAAGGAUAUGGUUCUACUGACCUGGUCAGUCAUGUUGGGAGGUCUGUCAUCGGUUUUCGGCGAUCCUGGCUACUCGCAGAGAGCAAUCGCCUCUAAUUCCAAAAGCGUUUUUGUCGGCUACAUGAUGGGUGGGAUAUGCUGGAUGAUUAUUCCCUUUGCGUUAGGGUCUUCUGCCGGGCUGGCGUGCCGAGCGCUUUUACUGAACCCAGCGUCAAUAACUUAUCCACGAGAGUUGACAGGCGAGGAAGUGGGUGCUAGUCUGCCGUUUCUGUACGGACUAGCCUCAAUUUUUGGGAAAAGUGGAGCUGCAGCGGGCCUUGUGAUGCUGGAGAUGUCAGUCACGUCUGCUACAUCUGCUGAGCUCAUUGCGUUUUCUACCAUUGUGACUUACGACAUGUAUCGAACCUAUGUGAAUCCGCGGGCAUCGGGAAAACAGCUAAUACGGACCUCCCACGCUGGUGUCAUUUUCUUUGGGUUGUUUAUGGCAGCUUUAGCAGUAGUUUUCAAUUACUGUCAUGUCACUGUCAGUUGGCUAUUGAGCUUUGUGGGAAUUGUGUUGAAUCCAGAGGUACCCGCUGUGACUCUUUCGCUAUUCUGGCCCAGAAUGACAAAACUGUCGCUGCUCAUUGGUGUCCCGCUAGGUACCCUUUCUGGCAUAGCUUGUUGGAUAGGCGCUACUUAUCAUUAUGCUGGCGGUGCAAUCAACAGAGACACCUUGAUGACAACGGAAGCCACCUUCAUUGGUAACAUCGUGAGUCUGUUCUCGUGUGGGAUCUACAUUGUUGUCAUAUCGUUGAUCAAGCCUGAUGGGAACUUCCAAAUGGAAAGAUACACGGAAGAAUUGAAGAUAGCGGACGAUCUUGAUUCAGAUGAACAAGACGCUUUGGCCUUUACUGAAGAUGACGACAAAUUAUUGGGCCUCCAAACAUGGUUGAGUCUGUUCAUCAAUGUGUUUUUGUUUCUUGGCGUUUACAUUGUUCUGACGUGCGCUCUAUAUGGCUGGGGCAAAGACUUGAGUCGGGGAUCUUUUACUGCCUUUAUGGUGGUAAUGUUGAUAUGGCUUCUCGUAGCUGCGCUGUACAUCAUCUUGGCACCUUUAUGGCAGGGAAGAAAGACGAUCAAGACGAUAGUUGCCGGCUUAUGUGGAAAAGAGACCCAAUAUGUUGACAAGCAAGCCGCUGUCCGUAAUAACACUGAGUACAACAUCAAGAUGACGCCUCUCAGCGAUAGCAUAACGAGUGAAAGCAACUUGAGCGUCAAAGGCGAGAAAUUGGGCGAUUGUAAUCAGUCUCCAGAUUAUAAAAAUGUGUAG